GCCAAUUUUAUGUCAGGAGACAAUUUUAUGCAUUGUAUAUUUAAGAAGUAUUCUACUAAUUUAAACAGCUGUUACCUUCUUCUUUCUCUCUAGUAUCACCAUGUCUGAUUUAGAAGAUCAUGGAGUGCAUCAGGAGGAGGAAGAUGAGGAGCAGGGAGAGGGAGAAGAACGCCCCAAAUACAAGUCACUGGUUACACAGCUUGCUGCCCCUAAAAUCCCUGAGGGGGAGAGGGUUGACUUUGAUGAUAUCCAUAGGAAAAGGAUGGAGAAAGAUCUUCUGGAGCUGCAGACUCUGAUUGAUGUCCACUUUGAGCAGAGGAAGAAAGAGGAACAGGAGCUGAUUGGACUCAAAGAAAGGAUUGAGAGCCGACGGGCAGAAAGAGCUGAGCAGCAGCGAGUGAGGGCUGAAAAAGAGCGAGACAGACAGACACGGAUUGCUGAGGAAAGGCAGAGGAAAGAGGAUGAAGAGGCGAAAAAGAGGGCAGAUGAUGAGGCCAAGAAGAAGAAAGUGCUCUCUAACAUGGGCGCUCACUUUGGAGGGUUCCUGGCCAAGGCAGAGCAGAGGCGAGGGAAAAGGCAAACUGCGAGGGAAAUCAAGAAGAAGACUCUGGCAGAGAGACGCAAGGCACUGGCUAUUGAGAAUCUGAGAGAGGAUGGCCUGAGAGAGCGAGCCAAGGACAUGUGGGAAUGGAUCUACCAGCUGGAGUCAGAGAAAUUUGACCUAACUGAGAAGAUGAAGAGGCAGAAGUAUGAGAUAAAUGUUCUCCUCAACAGAAUCCAACAUGCGCAGAAAUUCAAAAAAGUCCAUGGUAAAGGGAAAGUUGGAGGACGCUGGAAGUGAACUCACGCAGGAGGCACAAAGAGACAAGAAGACAGUUCACUUGUCUCAGGAUGAGAUUGCAGCCAAUUUGCAGUGUUCGUCAUUCAAGAGCGAUAAGAUAGAUGUUUGUGUGACAUUUAUUGAAUCCACUUGCAAUUAAAUCUGUAAUUAAUAAAAUGCAUGUAUAAAUAAAAUGGA